CACUCGCGCGACGCCAGGGCGGGAAAGUGGCUGAGAUCGUUUGAAAACAACAGUUAGGCGGGAAGCGCGAGGGCGCGGAGGGUGCGGCGCCGUUAGCCGUCAAAUGAUUUAACAGCUCUAAAACAUGAUUUCAACAUCACACAAGCACAAGAAUUUUGUUUCUGAACCAAUGGGGAACAAGUCAGUUUCUUCCUUGGCUGGUAUUGGAACAACGCUUGGAAGAAAACUGGAAGAGCAAGGCUUUGAUAAGGCAUAUGUAUUAUUAGGCCAAUUUCUCGUUUUGAAAAAGGAUGAUGAAUUGUUUAAAGAUUGGUUGAAAGACAUCUGUGGGGCCAACACGAAACAAGCUGGACAGUGUGCCACCUGUUUACAAGAAUGGUGCAAUGCCUUCCUGUAGCUAACACUUUUAUCUAAAGCAUCUAGCUUAAUUGUUCAAAUUAAAUAAGUGUUGCAGAAUAACAUCUGUUUUCCCAUGCUUGCCUAAACAUGUGAAGCUUAUGUUAAAUGUAUGUGAAUUCCACAACUUUAAAAUCCUGUUGAAAAUAAUUGUUUUAUAGUUUAAUUGAUUUUACAUGUAAUGUUAAUCUUUGAUGCAGGCUGCAAUGUAAAUGGUUCUCCUAUAAUGCUGUAGUUAUGUUCCAGUGAAACCUCACUCCAGUGAAAAUCCCUUAAUAGAAAUAAUGGGGCCUGUGGGUAAAUUGGUGUUAGGGUCAGACCAGCAAAAAAUAUCACUAACAAUUGCUCAAGAAUCACCCAAAAUUCUAAUGCAAAGUAUAACACAGCCUGAAUGAAGGUUGAAAUCAUAUUUAUUAACGAAACAAGGGUAAAUUUAACACAGUACAUUUAAAAAGCGCAAGAAAACUGCUCUCUGCACAUUACCUCUCCCAGAAAGCUGCUCUGUCAGCAUUUGACAUCGGUAUUUGCGCAGAAUGGCAUGAAGACCAGCAUGGAUAUCAUGCAUGCGCAGAAUGGCAUGGAAAUUUCGGCUCAUGCACAGAGCAAACUGCACAAAUCGAUCCGGCUGGAAUCGCGCUAUUACCAACAGAGGUAAAAGCAUUCUCCAAAAUACCAUUCCCUAAUUCUUCAGCAGUGUUAUUGCCAAAUCGCACUGCUGAAACGUUAUCCCAGAACUACCUGUAAAUGGUUAUGGUCAAACUUAAUGUGUUCCCUUCCUUUUACAAGAAGGCAAAAAGCUUAGUACGAAACAAUGCACAAAACUAGUAAUGUUAAACAAAAAUCAAAGGAAAAGUUAGAUAUCAAAUGAACUUUUGUUUUCUAAUGUAAAGAAUUGAUUUUUGAACGCCAUAAAUGUAUUUUUAAAUGUUUACAGACAGAAUUCUUACUCUACAAGAAGCUGACACAAGAGGUUUAAAUUUUUUUGAAUUUCAUCCGAGCU